UGUUCUGCRGGGUAACGUGGAUGAAUCGCUCGUUGCUGUAUUUACUCAGAUCCACUUCAGAUCUCCAGAAUUGUGUCUCGGUUUUUAAGACCGAGCAGCUGGUUCUGUCCAGCYGCCGACCCACACAACAAGGCCCUCAUGUAAACAUCUGAAACUGGGCCGAGCCCCGGAUGGGAGCACUGAUGUGGGAACGUUCCAGCUGAGAUGACUAUCUGAAGUUUGCAGUCCCUGAAAAUUACUUGAAUUUCCUGAAAAGGCUUGCAUUCUUUGUGCUGCUAACACGGAGAAAAUGAUUGGUAUCCAUCCAACCACGACCGUGUUAUCAGGGUUCAUCUUUCUCUCCCUGCUCCGAGCUGCGGAGGCUCAGGGAUUACUGCCUCGUGGACCCAGACCAAUACCAGGGCGGGGGGACAGUCCAGGGCCAACUCCACCCCCACUCCCACCUGAGCCCACACCAAGACCCCAAGGUUGUGAGAAACUCGUUGACUGUCCCAUCAAGGUCUUCUUCACCAUUGACACAUCAGAGACCAUCGCCCUGCAGGAGUCCCCGCCUGGCAGUCUGGUGGAGAGCAUCAAGGAGUACACCAGAAUAUUCGCACAAAAACUUGCAGAAGAAGAGUACAGGGGUCAAAUCCAGAUCACUUGGUCCAUGGGAGGCUUGCACUUUUCUCAAACACAGGUGGUCUUCAGCCAGUUCACAACCAGAGAGACCUUCAUCAGGAGUCUGAGCCGGAUCACGUACCUGGGCAAAGGCACCUACAUCGACUGCGCCCUCAGAAACAUGACCCACCAGAUGACCAGGCACCACUAUUCAGGGCCGAAGGCCGUCCUCUUCUCUGUGGUCAUCACAGACGGCCACGUGACAGGGAGUCCAUGUUCGGGGAUUAAGUUGAUGGCGGACAACGCUCGAGAUCAAGGAAUCCACAUCUUCUCGGUGGCAGCAUCCAGGAGCAUCGAUGAGCUGGGGAUGAGGGAGAUCGCCAGCUCCCCCACAGAGGUGUUCCGCGACGACUACAUCGUCAUGGAGGUCGUUGACGGGAAACCAAGACUGAGCACCGAUUCCAUUGAUCGGAUCAUCAAAGUCAUGAAAUAUCAAGCCUACUUACAGUGUUAUAAACCAACAUGUUUGGCGGUUCCUGGAAUGCCGGGGCGAAAAGGGUCUUCAGGUCCAAAAGGCACAAAAGGAGAAAGAGGUAAGACUGGGCAAAAAGGUGAACAAGGUACACAGGGUGAUCCAGGGAUUGAAGGUCCCAUUGGACGACCCGGAUCAAAGGGAGUGAUUGGUUUCAAGGGUGAAAAGGGGGAACGUGGAUUAAUUGGAGCAAAGGGCGUGGCGGGAGCACCUGGCAGGAACGGAACAGAUGGACAGAAGGGUAAAAUAGGCCGAAUUGGAGCUUCUGGUUGCAAAGGUGAUCCAGGUGACAAGGGGCCGGAUGGAUACUCAGGAGAGUUUGGCAGGCCUGGACCCCCUGGUGACAAAGGAGAAAAGGGGGACCCUGGUUUUCCUGGGAAAAUGGGCCCUCCUGGCCCUCAGGGUGAGCGAGGUCCGCAGGGUGAAAGUGGAAAUCCUGGGAAUCCAGGUUCACCAGGAGAAAAGGGGAUUCAAGGACCUAAAGGCAGACCUGGACCAAACGGCGACCUGGGCAGGACAGGAGAUCUUGGAGUAAAAGGAGCAAAAGGACCUGACGGUCAAAAAGGAGCAAAAGGAGAACGAGGAGCAUAUGGAGACCGGGGUCGGCCAGGGGAAGACGGAUUUAAAGGAGCAAAAGGAGAUCAAGGACUACCAGGACCACGGGGUCAGGAUGGAGGACCAGGCUCACCCGGAGAAAAUGGCACUUUGGGAAAUCCAGGAGAUCCAGGACCAAGAGGAGACCCCGGUCCACCUGGCCCACAGGGCGACAAAGGCCGAUCAGGAUUCAACUAUCCAGGAUUGAGAGGGCCCUCUGGAGAGCCAGGUGAACGAGGUUCGAGAGGGCCCAGAGGCAGCAGAGGAGACUGUGGCGCUAAAGGGCAGCCUGGAGAUAAAGGACCUCAAGGUGAACUGGGAGAACCAGGCCAACCAGGAGAGCCGGGGGAGCGAGGACCCCGGGGAGCUGCUGGAAAGGAUGGGGGUCCGGGACCAGUCGGGGAUCCUGGGCUCACUGAAUGUGACGUCAUGACGUACCUCAGGGAAACAUGUGGUUGUUGUGAUUGUGAAAAGCACUGCGGAGCGCUGGACAUCGUGUUUGUGAUYGACAGCUCAGAAAGCGUCGGGCUGACAAACUUCACCCUGGAGAAGAGCUUUGUUAUCAACACUGUAAACAGGCUGGGGUCUAUGGCCUCCGACCCUGAAUCAACAACUGGCACAAGAGUUGGAGUUGUACAGUUCAGUCACGAAGGGACCUUUGAGGCUAUUCGCCUUGACGACCCAGCCAUAAAUUCCCUGUCCGCCUUUAAAACGGCAGUGAAGAAUCUGCAGUGGAUUGCAGGGGGCACGUUCACGCCCUCUGCUCUCAAAUUUGCCUACGACAACCUGAUUAGGGACAGCAAGAGAUCCCUUGCCAGGAUAUCCGUCGUGGUGGUCACAGACGGCCGCUUCGACCCUCGGGACGACGACAACAAGCUCAGGUACCUUUGCAACGACCCCAACGUGGUGGUGAACGCCAUUGGGGUCGGUGACAUGUUCGAUAAGAGACACGACAGUGAGACCCUUGUGUCGAUAGCAUGCAACAAUAAGAACAGAAUCACCGAGAUGAAGCAAUACACCGAUUUGGUGGCUGAGAACUUCAUUGAGAAGAUGGAGACUGUGCUCUGUCCUGAUCCAGUGAUUAAAUGUCCAGAUCUGCCCUGUAAAACAGAACCAGAUGUAGCGCCRUGUGUUGGACGUCCUGUAGAGCUGGUAUUUCUUCUGGACGGCUCAGAGAGACUCGGAGAGGAGAACUUCAACCGCCUUCGUACUUUUGUGCAGGCUGUGAUGGACAGAUUAGAAAUGGCCAAGGGGAAGAGUGACCGAAAUUGGGCUCGUCUGGCGCUGAUCGAGUUUGGCCAAGAGAACGAAAACCAAGUGGCCUUCCCUCUCACGCAUGAUCCCAAGAUCAUCUCCUCGGGUUUAACCAAUUUAACAUACAUGGAUUCAUCCUCAACAGUGGGACCUGCCAUCAUCCACGCCAUCGAUUACCUUCUGGGUAAGGGAAGCACUCGCAAGACGAGGCGCGGUGCUGAGGUUUCRUUCGUCUUCGUCACAGACGGCGUCACCGGCAGCGGCGGCCUGGACGAGGCGGUCAGUGCCAUGCGCAGGGAACAGAUUGUUUCCACUGUGAUUGCCACAGGAAGUGAUGUUGAUCAAGAAGUCCUAACAAAACUAGCCAUGGACGAUCAGGAAGCCAUCUUUAAAGUACAGAAAUUCUCUGAUAUGCUACAAUCUAGGAUGUUGAACCGUUUCAUCCGAUGGGUGUGUUAAACACUGUGCUCAUGUGAGUUGGUAUUGUACUGAACGUUUAAUUCAACAUAGUGUAUUUCCCAAUGUUUGUAUUAGUUUUACGGCUGUGCCAGCUGUUAACUUUCCACUUCAGCUGUAGAGAUUUGUGGCGACAGGGAGGCGCACAAAAUGAAACAGGAUUGCAUUGCAUUUCGAGGAAUCAGACUUUUCAAGUGAUUUUAAGUUCUUGAAGUUCAUUUUAAUAAGUAUUCUUGAGUAUAAGUUUAUCAAGUAGAGUAGCCACCAUGUACUUGUAGUGUACUAUAUUGAUUUAAAACUUGUUCGUACUAAAUUGGGACGUUUUUAAAGUUUAUGAAAAGUAUUCUUUAAGUUUACUGUUAUGUCUUUUURAGUUUAUAAACUUACAAAAAGAA